AUGGCCGAAGAUGGCCAAAAUUUUGGCAUUUUACAAGAUUUACAGGUUCAUUUACGUACAGCAAAGGUUCCUCUAGAAAAUUUGUCAACGCUUGUACAGGAAGGAGAUGAACAGAAGCAACAACGUUGUAUUCUGGACUCAGCGAGUCAAGAGCUGGUGGAACGUUUCCUAUCGGAAAAUGUCAAGGUUGAAGGUCAGGGACCAGAAGUAAUCCACAGUCAGCUAUAUAUAGCCUGCUUUUGGGGCAUCAGAAAUGUUGUUGAGCACCUUCUUAGAAAUCGUGUCGAUCCAAACCACCCCAACAGAAUAACACUGUGGACUCCGCUCCAUGCCGCAGCUUUCCAGGAACAUGGGCCGAUUGUGAUGAUGUUGCUGGAGUAUGGCGCCAAACCAGACAGUGCCGAUAGUGAGGGAAGAACUCCGAUUGAUUUUGCAUCAGCAUCGGAUAAAAUCUGGCCCCAUUUUGCGGCUCUGGGCGUGAAGCGCGUGAGUCGAGCAGAACUUGUGGAAAAGAGGGUACUGCGUCCUGCCUCUAGUCAUUCAGCAGGCAGAAGAGCCCGACCUGCAGGGCAGGGCAUUGAAAUGGCAUCAUUUGACAGAGGGGAGGCGAAAUACGAGUAUAAUAGUGACCCAUUUAUCCAUGCCGCAGUGACUGGGGAUGUUCUAGCUGACCAGGAAAUGACCAACAAUUCACAGGGGGCAUCUCAUCAACCUCAGUUCUCUAUGUGGAGAUGAUACAAGGGGGGUAUUUCAACAUUCCAUGACCAGCACACAACAUGGGUGGGGUAGCGUCACAACAUGGGUGAUUCUUAACAAAGGGGCGUCUCAACAUUGUCUCUUGUUUUGAUAUUGUGCUGUUUAAAUUACAUAUGAAUGUUUUACUUUACCUGGAGUAAAUAGGGAAUGAUAGUCGUCAGGAAUCACCAACCAAUUUACCCUUAAUUACUGCCAGGGUGGGGUAUAAACGUUCAUAAGUGCAAAUUGAUAUAUUCAACUGAUGAAAACUGUCAUUUUUGCAUUAUAUGUAUGGAACCUGGUACCCAACCAACAUAUGUACAUGUGCUACAACAGAACUUUGAAAUUGGUUCUUUUAUGAUAAAAAAGUGUCAUUUUGGUUAAGAAAAUGUCUUAAUGUCUGUGGGCAAACAUUGGGGAACUGUGUUUUGUAUCAGUUUGAUAAUGUUAACUAUCUUUAAAGCUGCACUCUUACAGAUUGACAGAUUUGACACCUUUUUUAUUUUUUGUUUUGGAAAUUGAGCCAACUUUUAUGCAUAUGUGAAGGCACUGUGAUUUAACACUGCUUAUAAAAAGAUCAGAUCACAGUUUUACAUAAUUAUGUUUGAAAAUGUAUGUUGUAUGGCUAAAAGUGUAACUAACCCUUUAAAAAAAAUGAUAUUUUUCAGCAGUUUUCCAGAUGAUUUAGAUCAGUCCAAUUGAGAGUUAUCUUAUAUGACUAGAUUGAAGGCAAAGAUGCAAAAAUCAGCUAAUUCUGAGACAACAAUUAAAAUGAAUGCCAAAACAUCUGUGAGAGUGCAGCUUUAAAUAAACAAGUAAGCAAAACAUGAAAAAAAGCAAAGUAAAGGUAUAUGACAAUGAAGCAAAAAAUCUAAUUCAUUGAAGUUGCAUGAAAAUGAUUGUUAUUAAAGUUUGGUUUUAAAAAAGGCAUUGACUCAGUAUGUUAUUUAUAAGUUUAUUGUUAUAAUAAUGAUUGUUGGUAAUUUAUUGAAUGUCUUGUUAAGUAUUUUGUAUAAAGGUUUUGUUUUUCAUCUUGGCAUUCCAAAAAUAAAUUGUUCAGUGUUCAUUUUCGUUAAAGUUAAUUUUCUGUGUGACAUUAACUUCUAUUUCAAUGUAUAUCUUAAAUCAUUGUGCUUACUAUAAAAUAAUAUCUGAACAUUCUGAUUACAAAUAGUCAUCAUUAGGCCGAUUUUUCAGAUCUGUGUUAAAGUUGACAACGAUUUUAACGGCAUCGUUGUUAACUUGUAAUGGUGAACUAUUUUAAGACAUGCUAAUAUAUUUAAAUUAAACAAGCACAACUAUUGUUUCAGGUGUCUUAAAAUGUUACGGAAGUAGUGCAGAUCACAAACGUGUCCAUGAAACAUUCAGAGUAAUAAAGAUUUGAAAUUAACAAUGAUGUUAAUAAAAAUGUUGGGUUAACAAAGUUGUUAAAAAUUAGCCCAUUGAUUCAUAAAGAUGUCACCACUUAAUUGUUUCAAGAACAUGAACUUCCAUUCAUUCAGUUAAGGCACUUCAGUAAUGUAUACAUGUGGUUCUCUCUAUGUUAAUCCUCACUGCCAGGUGCAGUAGAUAAAUAUUCAAUUGGUAAUCAUUCAAAAACAGCUCAAUUCUCAUUAUUAUGUACUGGGACAGGAUUCAUGUUUAAAGCUGCACUCUCACAGAUAUACCGUUUUUACAAAAAAAAAUUAUGUUUUGUUUUGGAAAGAGCAAAUUUUUGCGUAAAUAUCUGCAAACCAAUAAUAAAAGAUUGCUGACAAAAGAUCAGAUUGCAGAUUCUCAUAUUUCUGUUAGAAAAUUAAUGCUUUAUGGCUUAAAGCCUUACUAAAAGUUAAAGAAAAAUGCAUAAAACAUCACUUGUUGAACUUAAAUAUAACAUUCUGUGAUCUACUUUUUUGUCAGCAGUUUUUUAUAACUGUUUUCCAUGCAUUUCUGCAAAAAUUGGCAUGUUCCAAGACCAAAAAAAAAAGUUGUCAAAACGUUCAAUUUGUGAGGGUGUUGUCAAAACGUUCAAUUUGUGAGGGUGUUGUCAAAACGUUCAAUUUGUGAGGGUGUUGUCAAAACGUUCAAUUUGUGAGGGUGCAGCUUUAAAGUCAUUUCUUUACUUAAGUUGAUUUCCUGAUUUUUUUACAAAAUGACUUAAGUUAGGAAAUGACUUGUUUUAUGAAUCAUUAAACUGACCCAGGCAAAUUGAUGUAUUUGGUUUAUCGUCUGCAACAUAACUCAGCGUUUUUUAGCUGUUUCAUUGAAAUGAUAUAGAACUUCAUCAUAAUCUACAGUGGAUUAAUAUUCAAUUGAUUAUCUUUGAUAAAAGAUAUGUAAGUAUUUUUUUUUUAUAAUAAUACAGGUAAAUCGAUGUAUUCGGUUUGUCAUCUGCAACAUAAUUCAAUGUUUAUUCAACUGGUUCAUUGAAAUGGUAUGAUUCAUCAUUAUCUGUUUAUUUCAAACUUACUGUAUCCAAUGUUUGUUGUUGUUGAUUUUUCCUGUGUUCUUUUCAUACUAUACCUCUCUUACUUUUAGUAUAUUGAAGCUUCUUGAAAUAUGAUAAAUAUACUCUUAUUACUAUUUAUUUUAUGCAAUAUAAACUGAGAUUUUUAAAAGAAAAAAAUAAUUAUAGAAGUGUAUUAUGAUAUAAAUUAUUUGAAUCAUAGAAUGCUUUUUAACGUCUCUAUAUUUUAAGCAAGGCUUACCCUUUUCAAAAAAAGGUAAUGGGCAUUUAAUCUGCAUUAAACACAACGGAAUUGACACCAUAUUUAAGAGAUUUCGAGUGAAAUAAAAACUAGGAAAAAGUGCACUUUUUGUGACUUAAUCGCAUUUUUUCUGCGUUAAAAGCACAUUUUGUAAAAAGUUUAAAAACAAUUUGAGAAGGGUGACUUUAUUACUAUUUCCAAUGACAUAUUCUUUAUACAGUUAUUUUAUUAAUUCAUGUUUGCAUUGAAAUGGAAUUAAAUGAAUAACUCCGAAUUUCUUUUCCUAUGAAAAAUAAAAAAAAGAUACCCAUUAAGAUUUCAAUUAUGUUAAUUUAAGGGUUAAUUCAGAAAAAAAUGUGGGAUUUACGGUUUAUGAGGAAUAACUAAGAAUUUAACUUUGAAAGAAUAUUUAAAUAUCAAGUUUGCCAUUCGUUUGCAUCCCUACUUAGAAUUUAAAAUAAUUACUUCUGUAUGCUGUACUGAUCUACAUUGUAUACCGUCUCCUUUUGAACAUUAAUAGUUAAGAUUAAGGGGAAGUAAUCAUGAUUUUUAUUUACACUGCUUAUAUCGAUUAAUUACCCUGACACAACUCAUGCCUUUCUUGUAUGUUAUGUAUUUUGGGCCAGUGGCCUUUAAUUACUCAAUUACCUAUUGACUUGACUUGACUUGAUCAAAUGUAUAGUAAAAGGAAGUAUCUAUAAUCAUAAAUAAUGUAUUUAAAAAGCUAUUUAGAGCAUUGGAAUGAAAUUAAUAUGUAUUAUAUGGAA